CUGUCAGCCUUCGAAAGCAAAAAGGCUUCAUACAAGAAGGUUUUCCAAUGGGGCAGAGCUUGUUUCUUGAGAACCGCGGCCAACGUUUGGUUCAGGUCUGGCUACUUACAUUCUGUGUUCUGCUUUGCUUCAGGACUGGAGGUAAGUAUUUUCCCCACCCACCAGUCCCUGAAUAGGUACACUGAAACAGAAGUCACCCGACCCUUAUAUAUAGUGGGAGGGUGGGGAGGGGUUUUUCUCAGGAGGGUAGUAGGAGGUGGGUGAUUGACUCAAUGGGUUUGGUAAACCUGUUGAUGACUGUUAACGACUGCAGUUAGUCCUGCAGGAAAAAGCAAGGGAUAGUAUGCAGAUGAUUAGCAUAUGUAAUGAGACAGGAAUCCAAUAUCUCUAUUAAGAUGACGUCUAUACAUAGUUUUCAGUUUAGUGAUAAGUUGUAAUUCAGCAACUUCUAGGUUAAAGCCAGUUCUCAAGGUGGAAUCCGAUAUCAUUAGAUACGAACAGACUCAACCCUCACUCACAAAUCAAGCAAAAGCAGUUGUUUCCUUGAAAGACGCACCCAACCUACCCCAGAGCCUUAAAAUUGUCUCCUGGAAUGUUAACGGCUGGGCGACAAAGCAAAUGGAUCCUGAAGCAAUGAAUCUCAUCUCUUCUUUCGACAUUGUAUGCCUCCAAGAGACCUGGUCCCAACAAAGUAUUGUUCUCCCAAAUUAUUGCUCCUUUAGCUCCUGUGCUCGUAAACUAACCAACAGGGGUCGCCCCCAAGUUGGCCUCGCCUGUCUUAUUUCAACCAGCUUACCCCUCACUAUUUGCGAGGAAAUUAAAUCUUCCCCUUACUUUCUCACCAUAAAGAUUCAUCUCCCAAAGACCAAAAGCCCAUGGUUGAUAACUACAGUAUAUCUGCCCCCAGCAAUUAAUGAUUUCGACCGCAAUGAAAGGUGGUCUGAACUUUCGUCUUGGCUCCAUGAUCUCCAAACAACUAACCCAGGACUCCCUCAAAUCCUCUUAGGCGACUUUAAUGCAAGAAUAGGUCCCAACGACGAUGAUAUAAUAUCUCCCGCAGCACUCCUGGACAAUCCUCUGCAGCCCCCCUGGGGAAACAGAUGCUCUCUUGAUCCUAUAACAAAUGCGUCGGGAGGCUGAUGGCCCAACUGGCCAUGGAAAACGAUCUCUGCAUCGCAAAUGGUAACAUUACUCCCUUGUCCUCGCAGCAAUUAACGUGCAUCACUUCCCGGGGAACCAGUGUUGUCGAUUACAUUUUAUUGACGCCGGAGCUAUUCUCAAUUUCUACAAAAAUGGAAGUGGCUGAAUAUUUUGGUGGUGACCACCUUCCAUUGACUCUAAUGUUAAACCUAAUAGAGCCACUCCCAGUCUCCUCAAACUAUAGAACCAUGGUACAAAGCCACCCUGUAUACAAAACAAAGAAAUGGACAAGCCUCAGCUCCUCUCUUGCCCUGGACAUACAAAAAUCAUUUGAUAUGUCUGCAGUUCCCUCUGAUCCAAUCCUGCCCGCUGACCAAUACCGGAAAUUACUUGAUGCUUUCUCAACAACUUACAUAACCACCACCUCGCCUACUUACCAACGCCUCUUCUCUGAAUCGCCCUGGUUUGACAAGGAAUGUAAAGCCCUAAGAAGGCGAAUUAGGAAAAUGGUCAGAAUCAUCAAAUCUUCCAACGACCCCCAAACCCGUGCAAAGCUCAGUAGAUAUUAAAAAGACAUAUAGAAACAUGAUUCAUUGCAAGAAACAGCAGUACAUCUUUGAGGCUUGGUCCACUCUUCGUUCGGCUGUAGAGAGGCAUGACUCCCGCUCCUUCUGGCGCCUAGUUAGACCUUCGGCACCAUUCAAUCCAGCUACCCAGAUUUCCGCGGAUGAAUGGAUUGCUUAUUAUUCAACUAGUUUCGCUUCUCCAAACCAUCUUACAGAUCUCCUUCAAUCCCCAUUGGACCUCAGUUCCUGCUCUCUUAGUCCCACUUCUUCAAUAAACUUUACUUCAACUCGCAUUUUCAACAUCAUAAUGUCAAUGCAAAGGAAUAAGGCCCCGGCCCAGACAUGGUCCCGUUGGACCUUUUCCUGACUGAUCCUCUUUGGUGGAGCGAACACCUGACUCCUGUAUUCACCGCUAUCUCCUCCGCCCUAGACAUCCCCGACUCCUGGAGAGAAGCUAUAAUAGUUCCGAUCUUCAAAGGCGGCCAGCCAAACAUCCCUAGGAACUAUCGCCCCAUCAGCUUAUUAUCCAUCCCGGGAAAAUAUUUGCCGCUGUUUUACUGGAGGAACUUCUCUCAUGGGUCCAGGAGAGGAACAUUCUACCGCUAGAACAGAUUGGUUUCCGAAAGUCAGCGUCAACCAUGGACCAUUGUCUAACUCUCUUUCACCUUGCCAGUAAAUACACUGCUCCAAGGCAAGGCCACCUAUUUGCCGCUUUCAUGGACCUGGAGGCCGCCUUUGAUUCCAUUCCUAGGCAGAGAUUAUGGUCCAAACUUGCCCAUCUGGGAAUUGAUCCGCACCUUCUCUCCCUAAUUAUCUCCCUUUAUUCAAACACCACAGCUCGCGUCCGAACUAGUCCAAACGGCUCCCCACUACUCCAUUUCCAACGGCCAAGGGCGUCCGACAAGGUUGCCUCUUGGCCCCUUUACUGUUUAAUCUCUAUCUUCAUGAUGCAAUUUCCACUCUGAAGCUAGCAUCUAAGUAUCCUCCUCACUUAGCAGGCCACCUCGUUGCUUCCCUUUUCUAUGCUGAUGAUGCCGUCAUCUUAUCCAGAACAGCUGCGGAUCUAGCAAAUGCAGUUAAUGCAUUUAUCGCCUAUUGUAAGGCGGAAGCUCUUAAUAUUAAUUAUAAAAAAUCGAAAGUCCUCCACUUCACUCGUUCCCGCAAACUCAAGUUGGAGCCGCUUAAGAUCACAGGUGGCUACUUAGAAAAGGUAAAAGCCUUUAAAUACUUAGGAUUAAUAUUCACCUAUAAUCUCUCCUGGACCACCCAUCUACAAUCUGCCUUUCUCGCUGCAACCACGACCUCUAACGCCAUUGUCCGAUUUUACCACCAGAAGGGCGGCAAACACCUUCCAGCAGCAAUUCAAAUAUUUAAUGCCAAAGUCGUCCCUAAAUUAUUAUAUGGAUGUGAAGUAUGGACUACAGCAAUAUCAGGUAACCUGGAUCGUCCACUUCAUAUGUUUCUGAGAUCUCUUUCCGGCGUCCCGAGAUGUGUCUCAGGUGCAGCCCUACGACUCGAGUUCGCCCAGCCUUCAAUUGCUAGACGAGCAUGGAGCCGAGCCAUUUCCUACACCCUCCACCUAUUAGCAUCGGAUGCUCGAAUUAGAGGUGGCUUUUCCAAUCUGAUCCUAAGAGAUAUUCAUAAUUCCCCUUGGAAAACUACAAUUAACCUCAAAUUCCGCUCUCUUCUCAAUCUGAAUUGUAAAACUGUUCUUAACUUAGAGUGUAUCAGCCCGGUGGCCCUACCCCUAAUUAAAAAGAAACUACAGCAACUUGACUUCUCCAACACAGCUUCUUGUGCAAGAGGACCGUGUUCAGGCCUAGCCCUAGCUAUUCCACCCCCUGAAGGGAUCCCUCUAUACUGCUUCACAAUUUCUUCGGAGACUAAGCGAAGGGCUUUUACCUGUGCCCGUCUCAACUGUUUUCCUACAGCAGUUCUGUCGGGUCGCUAUUCCAGAGUUCCCAUCGCAAACAGAACAUGCUCCUGUAAUGACACGGCCCUGGAGACUAUGGAACAUGUAAUGCUCUUCUGUCCCAACUGGACAGAUGAAAGAUCUCGGUUUUUAACUCCCCUCGUGAAUAAGUUCCAUCUCCCAAUCCAGCCUUGGAUAGUGUCCCUCUUUUUGCAGGAUUCUGAUUGUUGGAUUACUGAGAUGACAGCUAAUUUCCUGCUUAGUGUGAUGAAGAGGAAAGCGGCACUAACUUCUUCCUUAACACCACAGAUGCAGUCGAUACGCCGCACAACCGAACGAAGUUCCAAGUAGCCUUAUUGUACAAGGACAAUCGAGUUAGGACUAAUCUGAGGAGCUGAAGGACCCUUUAACGGUCCUCCUCCAGCCUCAGCAGCUUUUUUUUUUUUUUUCCACUUUCUUUAAGUAUUCGCCCAGGACGAUGUCUACCUCUACCUCCCCACCCCCAUUUUAUGUUGUUAUUUCAAUGUAUGUCAUGCUAUGGCCACUCGGCUAAUGCAAUAAAUAAAAAAAAAAAAAAAAAAAAAGGUGGAAUUCUGUACCUUUGAGCCAAUUUCAGGGCAGAGUUCAACCUCCCUUUUACCAGAGGGAGGAGGAUUCUUUUCUCCUGGCUCCUGAUCAAAGCAUGAACAUAGCAAGCUGCAGGACAGAUCGUGCCAUCUUUGGAAAAGAGGAUCUAGUUGUCUAGGUGGAAGGAGUUGCUAGUCUCAGGGUACAGGAGCGUGCCACAAAUUUGUCUACAAUUUCCAUCUCUUAAUCUAUACACAGAAAUGCAAAUUUAGUCUCACUUUCCAAGGGGGAAAGCAUUCUUCUAUUGUUGUUCUGGGAUCGAUUCUGACAGCUAUGUGUGCCAGCAGGAUUUUGGUGGUUUAGGAAAUUGAAUAUUGGUUGGUUCCUACCCAAAUGAAAUGCUGUCUCUUACAGCAGAUGCUGUGAACUGCAGAAAAUGCAGGUCACUUAGUCCUGGCAAACCAUGCGAACCGAAGGGGAAGACAUGUGAGGGACCAUUCUGUAUUAUGGCAGAGACUUAUGGUAAGUAUUUCUUGUCUCUUUCUUCCUUUUUCUAUGCUGGGACUAGGACGACCUGAGAUUUAAGGGUCGGUUGUUGUUUUUUUAAAGGACAUGUAUCUUUCAUAAGUUUUAACUUUAUUUUAUUUUAAUGUUGACAUUUAGCAGCAUAAAUUGAAAAUUCUGUUUAAGUGCACAUUUUAAAAUGAGGUCUAAAAUGUAAUUUACUUUGAUGUAGAGUAUCUCUUUAUACAGACUGUCAGGGAACUGACAUCGGAGCUAGAAGCGGAGGGAAGGCUCUCAAAUGAUGCUGGAGAAGGGCCCAGCAGGGAGAGAGGCAGCUCCGCAGAUGGGGAAGCAAAUCAGCCCAACACCAGGGAUAAAGAGGGGCUGAUGGGGGAAUCGGCGAGAGAGCUCCAGGACUCUUCAUUGGACACCAGCGGGGAGAGCACGGGUCCCCCGCUACCCACGCCCACCCUGCGCAGAAGAGUUCCGCGCAGAGAGAGUAGGAGGAGACUGGGUGUUGGAAAAGAUUUAAGAAACGCCCACUGACGGAUUCUGCUAGCGACUGAGGCAGCCACAAAGUGGAGGGCUGCCCAGACUGAAAGGUUUAGCAAGGCAACAAAGCCUGGAGAGGCGGCAACUUACGCACGAGCAACCCAUACACAUUACAGCAAUCCGUCAGUCCCUGACGUCGCUCGUGCACAGCGACUGGCAGGCAGCAUCAUGAGCAGCAUCAACAUUACACAGACCAUGGACUAAUUCAGUAAAAUUCUCUUCAUUCACUAGUUAAUAUCAACAUAAGUACUUCUCUUUCUCUUGCCAGGUCAAAGUGGUGAAGUGAUUACUUAUGUCAAAGAAUGUGGCGCUAAGAGUUGGAAAGAAUUCUGUGGAAAAGAGAUGCCAGGGAAAGUGAAAAAGACAGUAGCAUGCUGCCAUACUGACUUAUGUUUUGACUGA